CUCAGAAACUUCACACUAGCAAAACCAAGAAUUACCAUGUAAUGAUCCACUUUAAUUUCAGUUGUUCCUCUGUCUGAAGGUUGGAUGUUGUCCUAACAAAAAAGGUCAUAGAGCAGGCUACCAAAGUGCUUAAUGUAUUAAAUGUCCCCAAAAAUGAAUAAAUUCUAAACACUGUGGUGUAGACAAAGUAUUAUAAAUUAGUAUUUUCUUGUAUUUGAUUCAGUACUUGUAUUUGACUCAGUUUUGUUCAGCACAGAGGAAGAAUGACAACUAUUAUCAACAGGAAGAAAAACCAAUCCAGUUUUGGUGGAAUGUGUGUUAGGUUUUAUUUCACUGGUAAUUAUUUUGUAAUCAAAAAGAAAGGGUAGCAAUUUGAUGUGAAUUUUGGGAUAUACACUGGUUUGGGUUUUAAAAUCCAUCCUCAUCUGAAAAUUUUGUAAAUUCCCCGGGGGAGGAACAUGCAAAGCUGCUACAGUAGGCUCAUGAAUCACUCCACUUUCAUCAGGGGAAAGACCUGUCAUCAACAUUCAAAGUAUACUCUUCUCUAAUUGGUUUUGCUAUAGCAUUGCUCUGUUCAAGCAGAUUGAAUCUGUGUUCCUACGCCUGAAGAGUGAAAUAAAUGCCACAAGAAACAGAACUAAUACUUGCUACAGUAGUUAUAGCUUGUAGAGGAACUAUUUUAAACUGUGAUGGAGUAAUCUGGCCUCAGUUAAUGGUCUGAGCCACAGCAGUGUAGGUUGGUGGGGGUUUUUUUUAAAUUGUGCUUUGCCCCAGACCUAUAAAUACGUGUGGAGGAAGGAGGAUUUUCCUCACAGAGAGGGUGAAAUGGAUAUGAGUAGUAGGAGAAAUUCUAUCAUAUAAAACAUGAACAAAAUUUAAAAUCUGGCUCUUAAUCACUUUGUUUAAUUGCCUCUUUGUGCCUGAAUUCCCUAUUUAAAAAGAGGAGUCAAUGAUACUUGCACUUUUUUAAUUAACUCCUUGGUCAUAUGCAGACAAAAAGCUCCAUGUGGGAGUGGAAUCACUGAAUAAGGGGAUUUUUGUGUGAGACUGGGAUGUUGACUGGUUGCAGUGACUCACUCACUAAAAUUAUUCUGGUAGAGGAUUUUUGUUUCUGUAAACUGAAUGUACAUACUUGAUAUGUACGUAGAAAAAAUUUAAAUGGACAAAGAGAACACCACUUGUACAGCACUUAAAUCUACAGUGUUCAAGUCUCAAGAUUAUACUGAGUCAGAUCUUGUUUUCUCCCUUAUAAAAACAAUAUUUCAAAUAGUAUGGUUUUUUUUCCUAGGAACAGCCCAAGGGAAGUCGCACACUUCUUUGCGAUUAAUGUGACAGAUGAAUUUGGAGUGUUCCUGUGUAGCACUUGAUUAGCUACUAUGAGCUUGCUAUAUAGUGAUAACAUUUGUGGAGCCCGAGACGUGGAAAGCGGCUGCUGCGCAGCCAUGGCCAGUGCCUGCAGCGCUGGAACCAAAGAGGACAGCGUGAGCGUCAGCAGUGGGACUGGAAACCCCUCGAGCUCUUUCACAGAGGAAACACAAGGAUACGAUGUGGAGUUUGAUCCACCCUUGGAAAGUAAAUAUGAGUGUCCAAUCUGUUUGAUGGCUCUUCGGGAAGCAGUGCAGACACCAUGUGGACACCGUUUCUGUAAAGGCUGCAUUGUCAAAUCAAUAAGAGAUGCAGGUCACAAAUGUCCAGUAGAUAACGAAAUUCUGCUCGAAAAUCAACUUUUCCCCGACAACUUCGCUAAACGAGAAAUCCUUUCAUUAAUGGUUAAGUGUCCCAACAAGGGCUGCAGUAUGAAGAUGGAGCUGAGGCAUUUAGAGGACCACCAGUUGCAGUGUGAUUUUUCCACUGUGGACUGCCCGCAAUGCCAAGGAGCCAUCCAGAAGAACCAUCUGAAAGAGCACAUGACCCAGGAGUGUCUGAGGCGUCAAGUUUGUUGUCCAAACUGUGCCACAUCUAUGGCCUAUGAAGAUAAAGAGCUUCAUGACCAAACUUGCCCGCUCGCCAAUGUAUUUUGUGAAUAUUGCAACACAGUGCUCAUCAGAGAGCAGAUGCCUAACCAUUAUGACAAUGAUUGCCCUACUGCCCCAGUGCCAUGUUUUUACAGUGCCUUUGGGUGUCCUGAAAAGAUGCAGAGGAAUGAACUGGCACGACAUAUGCAGGAAUUCACUCAGGUUCACAUGAGAAUGAUGGCUCAGAGUUUUCAAAAUAUCAGUGUUACUGCUACCAAUCCUGUACCCUUCAUCAAUGGCCUACCCUUUGAGCCUGCCCUCUUCUCACCCGUGUCACAUGCCGCAUAUGAUUGUAAUCCAGAGGUUCAAAACUUCAAAGAAACUAUUCAGCAGUUGGAAGGUCGUCUAGUAAGACAAGAUCACCAAAUCAGAGAACUUAUUGCUAAAAUGGAGACUCAGAACAGCCACAUGGCAGAACUCAAACGUACCAUCCGAAGUCUGGAGGGCAAGAUUGUUGAAAUGGAAGCACAGCAGUGUAAUGGUAUUUAUAUCUGGAAGAUUGAGAACUUCAGUGGACUUCAGAAAGCCCAGGAGGAAGAGAGGCCUGUUGUGAUGCACAGUCCUGGCUUCUACACUGGGAAGCCUGGCUACAAGCUGUGCUUGCGCCUGCAUAUCCAGUUACCAAAUGCUCAGCGUUGUGCUAAUUUUAUCUCUCUAUUUGUCCACACUAUGCAAGGAGAAUAUGACAGCCAUCUGCCGUGGCCUUUCCAAGGCACUAUACGACUUUCUAUUUUGGAUCAAUCAGAAGGCCCCGAGAGGCAAAAUCAUGAGGAAGUAAUGGAAGCCAAGCCAGAGUUACUAGCCUUCCAGAGACCCACAAUUCACCGCAAUCCAAAAGGGUUUGGUUACGUGACUUUCAUGCACCUUCAGACCUUGAAACAAAGAACCUUCAUAAAGGAUGAUACCCUUCUGGUGCGCUGUGAAGUUCUAACACGUCUAGAUUUAAACAGUCUCCGCAGGGAGGGAUUUCAGGCUCGCAGUACUGAUGGACCUAUGUAAGUCUUAACAAGAGGAAUGGAGCAGUGCACUAGUCGUGUUCCUCCACCACAGACUACAAGCACAUCUCAUCAUCCUUAUAGGCUGUGUUUGUGACAGGUCAUAGUUGCCAACACAGUUGAUCUUCGCCUGCACAGAACUUUGUUGUUGCUGGUAUAGAUUUUUUUCUCGUACAAGGUCACGUGUUUGAACACGUGUUUGAAACCGUGUGUUUGGUAUGGUUCUCUAUUAAAGUAAUAAGCUACUCCUGUAGCAAGCUAAAUAAAUGAAGUGGUGUUGAUCAAAAUUUAACUGCCUACAGGAAAAUCCUAUCAAAGUACCUGUACAUCUCAGUUUGGUAAAACUUAAGUCAUGUCAGAAGUAAAUCUUUUCGCCUCAGCGCCUUGGAAUAGAUACUGUAGCAGGGAAGUAGGUAAAUUAAUAAAGAUGAGCAUUUGUUUAUCUGUUUGUUUUUCACAGAGCUUGGGAAGGUUGAGACAGUUCCUGUACUGAGUUAUCGAUAAUUUUGAAUUUGCUAUGCUUCUUUUGAAAUCUGAAGUCAGGUAAAGACUUUGCUCACAUGCCCUAGGGUUGAGGUAUGCAUUGACCCUUCUCUCCUGCAGAGAUAGCUUCAGGAAGUUGCACGUCGAUGUAGAGUUGAUACUAGUACUUCUGAAAAAGAUGUGGUAGCGUUGUGGAGAAGGCUAAAUGACUCAACUGAGUUCACUGAAGAAAUAUUUCUAAUGUGAUCUGAAAGUGCCCCUAAUUCUCUUUAUUUUGAUAAAUCUUUUGGUGUGUGCAUGCUCCGGGCCCAGAAUGUCAGUCACCAUCACCAGAGAGAUAAAAAUGUAGCGUUUGAACGAGAUACCUGUGUAUUGGUGGGAUCUCCUCCUAGUGCUGGACAGUUUUCAGGUUGUGAGUGGAUAUAUGAGCAAAGGUAUGUACUAGCUAGAUAGCGUGACGCAGAAUUUGUGUUACUGUUGUUGAAACCUGAAUUUGUACCAAAGCUGAACUUGUGACCUGCAUCUGUUGGAGUGAUCUCUUGGUGUUAGGGGUGACGCAUGACCUGUGUCAUCUCCUGUGAGUUGUCAGUGGACAGCUUGGCCAUGUCAGUGUCCAGCUCUCAUGGGUAUUUCUUGUCUCAUUAGACAGCAGGAGCUGGGCUACCCUCAACACUUCAGAGGGGAAGAAAAACCUAUUAAUUAGUGUGAGGAAAAAUUGCAAUCCUGUUUGCUGUUAGGAAAAAAAAAAUCUGGUUUCCAUAGUUACUCAUUUAAACACUAGAUUCACUAUGUCAAGAAUUCAUGAGCUUCCUAAUGAUGCGUGUACUAUUGUUUUCUGUUUGUAUGCCAUAUAAAUGUUAGUUUUGACCAGUCAAAGCGGAGUAGUUCACUGGUGCUACAAAUUUUGACAUAUCAUGGUGCUGAUAAGGUUUUGAGUGUUGUCUUUAAAAGGAAGAAAAAAGUUUUAUUCACUCCAUAACUUAAGUACACAGUCUGAUACUGAAGGAAGAACUAAUCCAUACAUACACACGUGUAUAUUAUUUCUCCAAGCUAGUGAAACAAUCUAAAGACUUGAGACACUGCAAUUUAAAAGGUACUGAAGAAUAUUCCAAAUCUUUGGUCUCAUCAAAGAAAUCCCAUGGAGAUCGUCAGUGGGGAAAGUGCAUAUGCUUAAUAUAUACAAGGCUAAUGAAAGACUACUAUCCUAUAUUGAUUUGGGAGGAUACUCUGCCUGCCUGCAUGAGAUUAAAAGUUCUAGGACCCAACCUACCACUUUGUUCAUCAUAUCCCGAUGAGUAAAAUUUAUUUUGCAGAUAGAGCCUGUGAGUUGAAGAGGGGUUGUGUUCAAUGGAGUAUUGUCACUACUGAAACUUGAACUUCCUGGCUAAUGGUAAAUGCAGUCAGUCGUUGACUUUAGUGUAUUAUUCUGCAUGUUUAGAGGACAGGUUUUGCCAAGAUGCUCAAAGACAAACAUUCUUUUUUUUU